UUGCUGGCUGCACUGAGCUGGUGCAGGGGAGGACGGACGGACGCCGGGGCUGCGGCCACCCAGGGACACCCGUGGGGUGAGUGCCAGCUGUGGAGCAUCCCAUCCCCUCUGCGCCCAGCCAUGUCUCUGGUGGUGAAGGAGAAGAACCACGUGCGGUUGGUCUUCUUGGGCGCUGCCGGCGUGGGCAAGACAGCCCUCAUCCGCCGCUUCCUGAUGGACACCUUCGAGCCCAAGCACCGGCGCACGGUGGAGGAGCUGCACAGCAAGGAGUAUGAGGUGAGCGGGGCCACAGUCAAGGUGGAAAUCCUGGACACCAGCGGCAGCUACUCCUUCCCAGCCAUGAGGAAGCUCUCGAUCCAGAACAGUGAUGCCUUCGCCCUGGUCUACGCUGUAGAUGACGCUGAGUCCUUCGAGAGUGUCAAGAGCCUGCGGGAGGAGAUCCUGGAGGUGAAGGAAGACAAGUUUCCUCCCAUCGUGGUGGUCGGCAACAAGGCGGAGAGUGGCGGCGAGCGGCAGGUGCUGGCGGAGGACGCCCUAUCGCUGGUGGAGCUGGACUGGAACAGCCGCUUCGUGGAGACGUCGGCCAAGGACAACGAGAACGUCCUGGAGGUCUUCAGAGAGCUGCUGCAGCAAGCCAACCUGCCCAGCCGGCUCAGCCCGGCGCUCUGCAAGAGGAGGGAGACGUUGCCCAAGGAGCAGGCGCUGAGGCCUCCCAUGAACAAGACCAACAGCUGCUCAGUGUGCUGAGCC